UCGGAUCUAGAUCCUACGGUAUGGAUUUACCCAAUGAUGUUGAAAUACUUGCCCCACAAAGAAAUAAAUACUCGCUCAAAGGAAAGAAACUAACCACGUUCGAAGUCGCCGGACGACGCCGGACGAGCGAAAGAGAGAUCGUGCAACGAAGACUCGUAGCCAUGGACUUGGAUCCCGACACCGCCGACGAGACCCGCGUCCGGCCCAGGACGCGGAGCAGCUCCGGCGACUCCUCCCUCUCCGACUGGGUCGUCGGAGCCGACGAGACCCACGUCCGCCCCAGGACGCGGAGCAGCUCCGGCGACUCCUCCCUCUCCGACUGGGUCGUCGUCGACGGCUCCGACGAUCCCCCUUCCUCCGAUGAUCAAGAAUUCGCCGUCCAUGACGAUUCCGACGACGCCGAGAUCGAGGUGGAUCAAGAUGGAGACGCGAAUCAAGAUUGGGAUGAGAUGUGGGUUCCGAUGAGGCCCUGGAAGGAGGAGAAAUCGCUCCGCCUCCUCUACCACGUCCUCCCCUACCUGCCGGCGAAGUCCCUGCUCCGCCUCCGCUGCGUCUCCCCCCAGUGGAACGGCUGCAUCUCCAGCCAGUUCUUCAUCCACUCCCACUCCCUCCACCCCCGCCCAGUCUCCGGCCUCUUCUUGCACCGCCGCGGCGACACCUCCUGCGAGCUCCCUGCGUACGCCCCCUUCGACCGCGCCGCCGACGCCAUCCCAGACCCCUCCCUCUCCUUCCUCCAGGAGCCCGUCGCCGUCGCCGCCUCCGCCCGAGGCCUCCUCUGCUGCCGCGGCCGCGCGUCGGGGGGGUACUACGUCUGCAACCCCACCACCGCCGCCUGGACCGCCCUCCCGCCGCCGUCCAACGGCCACGGCGCCGACCCCGCCGUCGCCCUCGUCUUCGACGAGCCGGCCGUCUACAACUUCCACGCCGACUACCGCGUCGUCUGCGCGUACCCCAUCCCCGGCGGCGGCUGCGACGGGAUCUACGGCUUCGAGACCUUCUCCUCCGCCUCGUGGAACUGGACCGCGUCGGCGGAGAUCUGCGCCACCGAGCGGAUCCUCACCGGGUCCGGAGUCUCCGCCGGCGGGAGGGCCUACUGGCGGACGACGACGGAGGAGGUGGUGGCGUACGAUCCGGUGGUCGACACCUGGACGGCGAUAGCGAGGCCGGGGGGCGAUCUUGAUUUGAUAUUGUGGGAGCUGGGGGAGCUGGAGGGGAGUGUGAGCUGCACGUGCGUGAAGGCGGCGUCGGUGACGGCGUGGGUGAUGGGCGACGGCGGAUGGGAGGCGGCCGGCGAGUGGUCCAGGGUUCCGUCGCGGAACUGCGAGGAGUGGCCGCGGCCGCUGAGGUCGCAAGGUGGGAAGGAGCUGCUCUUCUGGGAGGGGGAGGGCAAGAGAGUGGUGUCCAGGAACUUGACGGGGCGCGUCACGAGGAGGCUUCGCGACGGCGUCACGGAUCAUUACACCAACUUCUUGCCCUACGUGAGCACCCUCGUCCAAGUCCGGAGGCCAGCUCAAAGCCCAAGCGAUGAGAAUGCGAAUCUGGAGGCAACUGUGGAUUCAAAAUCCAAUCCAAUCCUUGGAAGUCUAAGUGCAUAUUACACAUGAAUUCAAGUUCAUAAAGAGCUCAAGACAUUGCAUGAAGAAUUAUUUAGCUUUAACUCCGCGUCAAAAGUGAACCGAAAGCUAAAGACGAAUUGGAUCCUGCAAGACACCUUAAUAUCUUAUGCUGUGCCACAAUCUUUCAGUGGGACCAAUGAUGGGAACGUAGUAUAUAUCUUCACUUUGUUAUCCCUAGCUAAGCAUUUGCCGUGUGUAAAGACGUUACUUUCGACCAUCCCUUUUCCCCUUGGUUUUUUUUCCUGUCUUAAACUGCCAUACUGUUUGAUUGAAAAGGACGUUUUGCAUCUCUUUA